UUUUUUUUCUUUUUCUUACACCAAUUUCGCUGUACUUCCUAUGAAACAAACAAUCCGUUAAAAGAAAAUAAAAGAAUCGAAUUGGAGACCUCACCACCAAGUCUGAACCCUAGCCACUGAAAAUCUCUAACCGCAAUCCCCCAGUUCAAUCACAGGUACCACCGUCAACAACCAAUCUUUAGUUGUUUACAAUGCUACCAACGCUGGCAAUUUGACCGUCAUCUGUCCCGCAUGAUUACCUUUUUUACCCCUUUUAUUGAAAAUCAUCAUCGCCGGUAGCCACCCCUUUCACCGCCGGUAUAAAAAUUUCACAUCUUUCCAUAUUUUACAAUUCUCUUUCUUUGCCUCAAUUACAAAAAAAGUUAUUAUUUAUUGGUGCGAUCGCAUCACUAGCUGAAUGGAGUUUGGGAUUAAUGGUGAUGCCAAUGGUGUCAUGGUGGGAACAGUUGAGGUGGACUGUAGUAGGACAGGUGAAGAAAAUGAAAUUGGUGUAAGUUCUGGUGAUGGGGAGUUUCAACAAGAUGAGGAUGAUAAAUUGGAUAUAGAAUCAUUCAACAAAGAUACAAUCUCAGAUGUAGUUCCAUCUGUAGAUGUGGUUCCAGCAGAUGAGCCCUAUGUGGGACAGGAGUUUGAAUCUGAAGCAGCUGCACAUGCAUUCUACAAUGCUUAUGCCACACGCGUGGGAUUCAUUAUUCGUGUAAGUAAACUCUCUCGGUCAAGGCGUGAUGGAACUGCUAUUGGUAGGGCACUUGUUUGUAAUAAAGAGGGCUUUAGAAUGCCUGAUAAGCGUGAAAAAAUUGUAAGACAAAGGGCAGAAACGAGGGUUGGCUGCAGAGCAAUGAUUUUGGUGAGGAAAGUAAGCUCUGGUAAAUGGGUUGUUACAAAGUUUGUUAAAGAGCACACUCAUCCCUUGACACCUGGCAAAGGCCGUAGGGAUUGCAUUUAUGAUCAGUAUCCGAAUGAACAUGAUAAAAUUCGGGAGCUAUCACAGCAGCUGGCUAUAGAGAAAAAGAGAGCUGCAACCUAUAAAAGACAUUUGGAAUUGAUAUUUGAGCAAAUUGAGGAGCACAAUGAGAGUCUAUCAAAGAAGAUCCAUCACAUAGUAGACAGUGUGAGAGAGAUGGAGACCCAAGAGCAACAGAAUCGUGUAUAGUUCCAGCAAUUUUGGUUCUUUUUCACAUUGCUGAAGUACAAAAUCAACAAUUGGUAUACAGAAUACUGUUGAAUAGCAACAGAUUCUCAUGGUUUAGAUGUCACAUUCUGACUUGUUUAGUUCCUUAGAUUUCCAGGUAGUUACACAUUGUGAAAAAUGUUCAGGUUAGCAGCAUUCAUUCGAGUAUUAGGCAAUACUAUGCUCCUAUUUAUGGAGCCCGUGGUGGCUAGGAGAUAUAGAGAGGUGAUGUAUAGUUCUCCAAUCCCAUCUCUGCAUGUUCGUGGCAAAAUUGUGAAAUUUAUCUUACUGAAUAGGGAGGCAUCAAGUCCCUAGGAAGCCGAACAUUACAUUCUAUUGCAUUCUAUGUAGAACUUGAUUCCAGCUUCUUGUUUUGUAUAGCAUUAAAAUGUUUUUCUUUUUUA